AUGGAAAACGGUAGUCUUUUUUUUAACUUCAACCUCACCAUGUUUGUGAACAUAGGAUCUUACCGCUACCCUGCCUUUGUGUUUUGUCUCCUGUUGUUUGCCAUGAUUGUCUCUGCUAACCUUGUCAUUAUACUGGUAAUAUCAAAACAGAGGACACUACAUGAGCCCAUGUACUUUUUCAUUGUAUGUCUGUCUAUUAACUCUUUGUAUGGUUCUGCAGGCUUCUUUCCUAGAUUCCUAAUGGACCUUCUUUCAAAUACUCAUUUGAUCACACAUUCAGCUUGUUACACUCAGAUUUAUGUGAUUUAUACCUACGCAUCAUUUGAACUUACCAUCCUGAGCAUCAUGGCAUAUGAUAGGUAUAUUGCUGUAUGCCAUCCUUUACACUAUCACAGUAAAAUGACCUCUAAAACAGUCUGUAAGUUGGCAGCUUUUGCAUGGAUCUGUCCAUCCUUUUCUGUCGCAACAUGUCUUUAUUUGACAAUCAGACUUCCUUUGUGUGGUAAUAAGAUUGUAAAAGUAUUCUGUGCCAUUUGGAAUAUUGCCAAACUGUCAUGCGUUAGUACUGUUAUCAACAACAUUGUUGGCUUGUUAGUAGCCACAACAACAGUGUUCCUGCCCUUAGCUUAUGUCUUGUAUACUUACUUGCGAAUUCUGCUUGUGUGUAGGAAAAGCUCAGCAGAAUUCAAGGGUAAAGUUUUGCAAACCUGUUUACCACACACUGUUUCCUUUGUUAAUUACUGCAUCACUGCAUUUUGUGAUAUUGCCCUCAGUCGAAUUAAUGUUGAAAAGUUAAAUCCAUUUGUUGCUAUACUGUUAUCACUGGAGUUUGUGGUGAUUCCUCCAAUUCUGAACCCUCUUGUCUACGGCCUUAAGUUACCAGAAAUCAGAAGACAUAUUGUCAGAAUGUUACCAUGGUCAAAAACAACUAUAUAG